GUGCAGCAGUUUUGCGAGUUGGUCGUGUCGUGUUGGGUGUAAGAUGUCGAAGAAGUUUUUUACCACAAUAACCUGUUGCUGUUAUUAUAAACAUUUGAAAAUAUCCGAAAUGUAAACUGUAUUAUACGUACGAUAUGUGUUAUAUUGAGUUUAGUGUUAAAUUAUGUAAUAAAAUCUUUUAAUCAUGGGAUUAACAAUGUCAAAACAAGAGACUUCGGCCCCUGAGGCUGACAGUAUCAUAUCGUCGAAGUUACACGGUAGACAGGCUAGUAUUAGGCAAAGUACUAUCAAAGCCAAGGCUAAACAACCGAUGCCAGACCCUGCAGAACUAGAAAAAAGAUUUACGAAAGUUUUGGCUUCUAUGGACCUACCUCCAGACAAGGCAAAACUACUGAAAAGUUAUGACUACGAUAAAAAAUGGGAUAUUAUCUGUGAUCAGGAAAUGGUACACGCAAAGGACCCUCCUUCUUAUUAUUUAAACAAAUUACGCACUUAUCUCGAUCCUAAGGCAUCUCGAAGUCACAGGAAAAGAAAAAUGGUUGUGGACUCGACUUCGACGCAAGUUCUUCGAGAUUUAGAAAUAUCUUUACGCACAAAUCACAUAGAAUGGGUGCGGGAAUUUUUAAACGAAGAAAAUCUCGGUUUAGACGUUUUAAUUGAUUACCUGAGUUUCCGAUUGGGUAUGAUGAGGCACGAACAAAGGAUAAACGAAUCUCGAACGACGUCCGAAGAAAAAUUAACCGGCCAGAAUUCGUUGAAUCACAAUCAAACCUUAGUGGAUAAGAGCAACGGGUACAUCAGGGCUCCUCUGGAGAUGCAGGACAGUCCGAGUUUGAAAAGGAGAUCGAAACACGUCGCCAAAUUAAACAUGGGGGAUUCCAAGGACGAUAUACACGUUUGUAUAAUGUGUAUGAGAGCUAUAAUGAACAAUAAGUACGGUUUCAAUAUGGUGAUCCAACACCGGGAAGCGAUUAAUUGCAUAUCGCUGAGUCUUAUACAUAAAAGUUUACGUACUAAAGCUUUAGUAUUGGAACUUUUAGCGGCAAUUUGUUUAGUUAAAGGUGGGCACGAAAUUAUUUUGUCUGCCUUCGAUAAUUUUAAGGAAGUUUGCCACGAAAGGCUCAGGUUUCAGACGUUGAUGGAUUAUUUUUUGAAUUUCGAGGCGUUUCACAUCGAAUUUAUGGUGGCGUGUAUGCAAUUUGUAAAUAUUAUAGUACAUUCAGUUGAAGAUAUGAAUUUCAGGGUACACCUCCAAUACGAAUUCACCGCGUUAGGACUGGAUAGUUAUUUGGAAAAAUUGAGAUUUACCGAAAGCGAAGAUUUGCACGUUCAAAUUUCCGCUUAUCUGGAUAACGUAUUCGAUGUGGCCGCCCUCAUGGAGGACAGCGAAACCAAAACGGCCGCUUUGGAAAAAGUUACCGAAUUAGAAGACGAAGUGGCUCAAUUACACGAAAGGCUGCAAGACGUCGAACAUAGGGCUUUAGAAAACAUCGCCAGUCUCGAAACGGAAUUGAUACAAGUGAGACAAGAACGAGACGAACUGGUGGAAGUGAAGAAGAAAGCGGACGAAGAAGUUUCGACAUUGAGAAGGGUGGUGCAACACCACGAACAAGAAUCUAAAAAUAGACAAUCGAUGUUCGAAUCCAAAACGGCGGAAUCGGAACCUAGCGCACCGGCUUCGAGGAAAUCCGAAUCGGAAUCGCCUAAACGAUCGGUGCAAGAUUGUCCGAAUAUUCCUGCUCCGCCUCCGUGUCCGAGUGUUGUUGCUCCGGCUGCUCCGCCGCCGCCUCCUUGUCCUCCACCGCCGCCAUUGAAACCGACUGGCGGUUGCAUAAUUCCCCCGCCUCCAGCUGGUUUUAUGCAAGCGCCAGACGGGGCUAUGACCAUCAAGAGGAAAGUUCAAACCAAAUAUAAAUUACCGACUGUUAAUUGGAUUGCUUUGAAACCGAAUCAAGUCAGGGGGACGAUUUUUAAUGAGCUCGACGAUGAUAAGUUGCACGGUUGCAUCGAUUUUAAUGACUUCGAGGAAAGAUUCAAAAUUGGAAAUGCCAAUAUUAUGUCAAACGGUAAAAGUGAAACUGACGGUUUACAAACGUUCCCAAGCAAGAGAGGCAAAAAACCAGAACAAGUCACUUUGUUAGAACAUACUAGAUUACGAAAUAUUGCAAUAUCUAGACGUAAACUCGAAAUGACACCGGAAAAGGUGAUAAACGCCAUAAAUAUAUUAGACUUGAAACAAUUGUCACUGGAAAACGUCGAACUUCUGCAAAGAAUGGUACCGACCGAACAAGAAACUAAAGCCUACAGAGAAUACCAAUUCGAAAAGAAAAACGUCAAUUUAUUGACGGAAGAAGAUAAAUUUUUAUUGCAAUUGACCAAAGUCGAAAGGAUAUCGGCGAAAUUGUCGAUUAUGAGCUACAUAGGAAAUUUCUUCGAUAACAUACAUUUAGUCACGCCCCAAAUCCACGCCAUAAUCUCCAGUUCGAAUUCGGUGAAAAAUUCGAAAAAACUUCGAUCCGUAUUGGAAAUCAUCCUGGCGUUUGGAAAUUAUUUGAACAGCAGUAAACGAGGCCCCGCCUACGGUUUCAAACUUCAAUCUUUGGACACUUUGUUGGAUACCAAAUCGACGGAUAAACGGUUGUGUCUUUUACAUUACAUCGUUGCCACGAUUAGACAGAAAUUCCCAGAACUUUUGAAUUUCGAUAGCGAACUCCAUUAUAUAGAAAAAGCUGCAGUAGUAUCAUUAGAAAACAUAAAUACGGAUGUGAACGAACUGGACAAAGGUAUGGAGGCAGUACGCAAAGAAGCCGAAAUAAGAGGUAGAGGUAACCACAGUUUGGUGGUUAGAGAUUUCUUAGUGAACGCCGAAGACAAAUUGAGACGAUUAAAAAGCGACGCCAAAAUGGCCCAAGACGCUUUUAGGGAAUGCGUGGAAUUUUUCGCCGAAUCACCCAGAACGACAGAUGCCAAUACUUUCUUCUCGUUAUUAGUUCGAUUCGUCAAAGCUUUCAAGUUAGCGGAUCAAGAAAAUGAACAAAGGAGAAGGUUAGAAUUGGCUGCGCAGAAUGCUACUAACAAAACUAACGAGGAUGUACAAAAGAGGAAUAAACUGAAUCAAAAAAAGCAGCAGGAGGCUGUGAUAAAUGAACUUAAAACAAAAACGAGGAUGGUACAAGAGAAAAAACUACUUCAGCAAGACGAAGUUUACAACGGUGCCCUCGAAGAUAUAUUAUUAGGAUUGAAAAGCGAACCCUACAGAAGGGCAGACGCCGUAAGGAGAAGCCAGAGGAGAAGAAUAGAUAAUAAUAGGUUAUCGAAAACGUUGGAGGAGAUGGAAGUGUAGAUUUUUUUCUUUAUUAUUAAGUAGUUUAUACAUUGUCGCGAUGUAUGCAUUUAUAGAUAAUAUAUUUUCGUAUUUUUUUUGUUAUUGAUCUUUAUUUACGAGAUUGUUUUCAAUUAAUUGCAAUUUUUGGACACAUUUACAUAUUUUACAGGACCAUUAUUGAAAAAUGUGUUAAAAAAAGCGAAUAAAACAAAUAAUAUUUAAAAAAAAAUGUUUCGGUGCCUUAAAAAUGUAUGCCUAGGUAUUUGCAGACUGAAAAGAUAUUUUCCUAGCAAAUAAUAUGUUCAAGUGAUAUUUUUAGCCUCUAAAAAUGACAAAUUUAACCAAAAAAUCGCGAAAAUAUACAGAGUACAUAGAAAAAUAUAUCAACUACUCUGUGUAUCAAUAUUUUUAUGUAGAUUCGAAUAAAAAAAUGCAUUUAUUAAAAAUAAAUUCUUGAACAAUUUCCAGUAGUUUACACUUAGGAAUUUUACUGCAAGAAUGUCACUGAAUUUAUGGGUUUAAUUUUAGUUUUGUUCCCCCCUGUGUUUGAUAAGAAAAAUCGAAAUUUGAAACUUGAGAAAUAAUAAAAAAAAAAUUAGGGAAACUGUUACGUUCCAUAUUAUCUCAAAGUUAGUUAUGAGGGAAUUUUAUAUAUAAAUAAUAAUUUGGUGCAAAAGUUUGCUUCAACUAUAUUUUUUAUCUUAAAGAUCUCCAAGAUGAAAUUGCUGGGAAGAUUAGUGCUAUUUAUAUAAUACCACUACACCAACACUCGCAAUUACAUUGUCUGGUCCUUAGAGCCUCAUAUAACGAUUUAAGGUAGGUUUGAAGGAUCAAACAGUGUAGCUCUGUAUGUUGGUGUAGUGGUAGUGAACACUUUUCAGUGUAAAUAGCACUUAUCUUCCCAAAAAUUUCAUUCUGGUGAUUUGAAUGUUUAUUUAUCAGGAGGAAUCCCCUUAGAUGCACAUAAAAGACCUUCUAAUACAUUAAUAAUUGUUCAAAUCAUAGAAAAAUUGAAAUUAAAGCAAAUUUUAACGCAUCCUCGAUAUUUUGAUGCAUAGAUUACGAAACAAAACAAAAAUACUGGGAACUGUAUUAAAUUAUGAAAACUUGUUUAUUUUGCUUUUUCAAAUAAUUCAAUAUAAUUUCUAAUUCUAUUACAUGAGAAAAUUGAUGCAUUUACAAUUAAAAAGGAAAUUUAAUGAACCCUCUAAAAUCUCUCAUAAAAAAUGUUUCUAGUACAAUCUGAUUCAAGAAUUUCACUUUUAUGUCAUUUUUCUUCACUAGUUUUUGUUACAGGAGAUGUAUCAUAAACUUAAUAAAUGAAAAUACUUGAAAAGUGAAUUUAUUCUCAUUUUUGUACUAAAAACCGAUUUCUAUUCAAUUUUCCCCCUGUACGUUCCAAUUUUUGAUUUAUAUCACUUACAAACGUCCUUUAUGCCCCUUUUUCACUUUCAAAUCAAUCUAAUUAUGUCAGAACAACAUCCCUAUAAUGAAACCCCCAUUUUUAUACAGUUUAGUUCAAUUUUUAUGUACUGGUUCGUGCUGCAGAGAAUAAUUCAUCCAUUUAACUUAAAAAAUGUACAAAAAGUUGAUGUUUUUUCAUUUUUGAAUCAUAAUAAAACUAAAUAUCGAUUUUCCCUCUGUAUAAUCCAGAUUUUAACCCACAGUUUACAAAUUGAAAUAAAAAAUCGAUUUAUAUCACUCAGAAAUAGUGUUAACGUCCUUUUUUCACUUUCAAAUCAAUUUACUGACAUUAUGAAAACCUCUAUACUUUAUUUACUGUUUGGUUCAAUUUUUAUUUACUAGUUCUUCCUAAUUUAACUUGGAAACUAUACAUAAAGCGAAUUUAUUCUCAUUUUUGAUCAUAUGUACUAACUAUCGAUUUAUAUUCAAUUUUCUCCCUGUAUACUCCAUAGAAAGAUUUAUAGAUCCUAACACAAACCAAAAAAUCGAUCAAUAUCAUUGAAAAACGAUUUGAAAUAUUUUUUUCUACUUUCCAAACCAAUUUGCCUACUAUUACCCUCAUAACAUAACAUACCAUAGGUAAAAUUAGUAAUAGAAAUUAUGGAUUUCAUUACUGUUAUUUGAAAACCAAGCAAACUACUUGCAAAUUAUGGUUUUACUAGAUUUUUUUGUAAUAGACGAACGUAACAGCCCCUACAAUACUCUAGUUGAAUAUUUUGUACUAUAAUUUAUAUGCUUAUAUUGUGAUUUAUAUAAAGUUUUUUUUAUAUUUAAAUAAACAUUGUAUAUACUUAUUUUAUUGAAUAUAAUGUGAAAAU